UUUUAUUAUCUUUGCGAUAUUUCCAUUUUAAAAGUGUACUUUGCAAAAUUCGCUUCUUGAAAGGAAAUUCUUUCAGAUAUUAUGGAAGAAAUACCAGUUGAAUACAACAUUAUUAUCGAAGCUCUAAAUUGUGUUGUGCAAAACCAGCAGCAAGCAUUAGAACAAGCUGGAGGUCAAGCGGCUUUUGAGUGUGUUGUAAACACGAGCGAACAUGUCGUUCAACCGGCAGAGACGGGAGAAGAAGCUCCGCAACAAACCGUAUUCCAAUGCGUUGUCGAUACCAGUGAGGGACAACAAGUUAGUUAUGAAGUUUCAGGAGAAUCAGGUGGACAAGAAGGCCAAGUUGACCAAACAACCUUCGCUUGUGUUGAAGCAGCUCAAACUUCUGAGCAGCAAGAACAAGUUGAUUAUGAAAUGUUGCCAGUCUCUCAAGCACAACCUAAACAACCAAAAGAGAAGAAAGUUUUUAAAUGUCAAGUUUGUGAGAAAAUUUUUUCUCAUACUGGUUCAUUAAAUCGUCAUGCAAGAACUCAUAUUGAAGGAACGAAAUUUGAAUGUCCUGAUUGCCCUAAAUCCUUCACACAACUGGGGAAUUUAAUGAGACACAAGAGAUCUCAUACUGGAGAUGCUCCAUUCAAAUGUUCGGUUUGUGAAAAGACUUUCCGUAGAAUGGAUAUAAUGAAGCUUCAUGAGAAGACGCAUUUAGACGUCAAGCCUCAUCGUUGUGAUGUCUGUGAGAAGAGCUUCACGCAACUAACCAACAUGUUGAACCACAAGAAAACUCAUGAUAAAGAACCCGAGUUCAAAUGCGAAGCAUGCGGUGCAGGCUUUAAAAAGGAAACAACUCUCUUCAAACAUUUGAAAGUUCACACCGGCGUAAAAGCCUUCAUCUGUGACGUUUGUGAAAAAUCCUUCGACUUACCGAGCUCUCUAAAGGUUCACCAAAGAACACAUACUGGAGAACGUCCUUAUGAGUGUGAUCAGUGUGACAGAAAAUUUGCCCAAUUAGGAAACAUGAAAAGACAUAAAAAAACACAUUCCGGAGUGAAACCUUACCGAUGCGAAUUCUGUCAGAAGAAUUUUAACCGGCCCGACCUUCUUAAAGUCCACGAAAAAACCCACUCAGAAAACGGCUUCCAGUGCGAUCAAUGUUCUGAGGUUUUUUCCGUUGCUAACGACUUCAAAGAGCACAAGAAGACCGUUCAUCCACUCGCUGGAAUUCCAUGCGAUGAAUGUAACGAGGUCUUUUCAAUGGCAAAAGAAUUAAAAGCGCAUAAAAAGAAUGAUCAUCCGGAGACAAAAUGUAAGGAAUGUAAAGCAGAGUUUCCUGAUCCGGAAGCCUUGGUGAAACACGCUCAAACGCACCUCAGAGAAAAACCUUACAAGUGUGCUAUCUGUGAGAAGAGCUUUAGCGAUCCAGAGGGACUUGUCCUUCAUGUUACAUCACACACGAAGUCGAAGAGUGGAAAGAAGGAACAUCGUUGUGAAACUUGUGAUAAGGUGUUCGAUCAAGUUGGCUCGUUGAAACAGCACAUGCGCAAACACACCGGAGAGAAACCUUUUGCUUGCGAUGUCUGCGGACGUUGUUUUAGUCAAGCUGGAAAUAUGCUUCGACAUAAGAAGAGACAUACUGAUAACAAACCGUAUAGUUGUAGUGUUUGUGUAAAGACAUUUAGACGUUUAGAUCACCUAAAGGCUCAUGCAAAAAUGCAUUCCGAUAAAGAGAAUUCGACUAUGGUGAAUGGUGCAGAAAGUCAAAUUGAUGAAGCAGGUGAGGCUCCUGCCGGUGAAGCAAGUCAGAUAUCUGAUUUUGAAGCAGGUCAGACUGCUGAUGCUGAAGCAAGUCAGACUGAUGGAGCUAAAACUGGCGAGUCCUAUCGAACAAAUGAAUUCGACAACAACGAAGUGUGUGAAACAAGUGAAACUAUUCAUGCUGUUGAAACAAGUCAGACAGAUGAAGCAAGCCAACCUAGCGAAACAAUGACUAUUGGUGAAGCAAGCAAAUCUGCAGGUAAAACAUGUCAGGUGGGUGAGAUAAACCAACCUAACGAAAUAAGUGAAGGUCAAACCUGUCCAGAUGGUGAGUCAAGUCAACUGAGUGAAAGUGAUGCGGAGAUAAAGAUUGAAGUCAAUCAAUCUUGUGAAUGCAAAGAUUCUGCGGAGGAUAGUCAUACCGAUCAACUUGAUCAUAUGAGCCAAACGAGUCUUAUCAGUCAGUCAAGUCAAAUUGAGGAAGUUAUGGAAACUAAUGAAGUUGGCGAUAUAACCCUAGAUGCUGGAGUGGAGGAAAGUGCUGCUAACAUUAGCGGGGGCAGUGAAACAAGCCCUACAGAUGAUACGCGUAAAACAACAGAAGAUGACCAAACGCCUGACACGACCCAAAUUGUUCUCGUAACCGAACUUCCCCAAGCCGCUCUUUAUGCACAAACUGACCAUCUUAGCCAGGCGAUUCAAGUUGGCCCAACCGAAGCGAUGGAGGAUGUCGAAACGAGUCAGACUUCGACGAUAAUAGCUGAAGCCCUUGUUGGUUUAACCCAAGUCGGUCAGUCUCAUAGGGAAACUGAGGGUGAUUUCCAGGCCGUUGUAAGUCCCUUUAAGAACACCCCAAGAAUUCUACGCAAAAAGCCUUAUCCUUGCGCUCAGUGUGAUAAAUGGUUUGAGCAACCAAGUGCUUUGAAGCUUCAUGAGAGGGUGCAUACGGGAGAACGCCCGUAUGAAUGUCAGCAGUGUGAUAAAAAGUUUGCGCAGCAUGGUAAUCUGGUGAGGCAUGAGAGAACUCACAGUGGAGUUAAGCCGUUCAAGUGCCAAUUGUGUGAUAUGACAUUCAGCCGUAAAGAUUUUUUGAAGGUCCACGAGAAUAAAUGUCAUGCUGUAGAAGUGGACUCUAUAACGGUUCAGACCAUUGACUCAUCCUCGGACACAUCUUAAAUAUCAUACAUGUAGAUUGUAGUGAAAUGUUGUGUAGUGAUGCUAAUAAUAUAGAAACAGGUAGUUUUCUAGUUCUCUUUAGUGUGUGACAUUCAAUCAGGGUUGUAUGGCCUGAAUUUGAUUCCGGGAAAGAUCGUUAGAUGGCGAGCUUGAGAUUCCACUUCGAGUGCGGUUACAAAACUUUCAUUUCGUCAACAUAUUGAAUAAGUAUCAAUUACAAAUUAUGUUAUUCGCACACCAUGGUGGGUCGUACCCGUCAAAUCUGACCCUCGCUAAAAUCACAAGUCUCUCAAUUUGCACAUAAACAUUCUUACGUUAUUCAUUGAAUAUAUUACUAUAGUGAGUGUAUAUUGAUACACAAAAAUAUUUUAGUGGGAACCCGCUGAAAAUUGUCUUUAAAAUUUCUGUGCAUGGUAACAUAUGGGUAACAUCAGCAUAUAAAACCUAUAAAAAUUUUAGUUCGGUAUAUUUAAUAGUGUUGUAAUAUG